AUGCCAGAAACCUCAGAAGAGCUUGUGCAAAAGCUGGUGGAAAAAUUCAGGUCGCUCCUGGACGAAGCCCUCGUAGUUGCCAUCGCCAGCGACCAUGAUCUCACAGAAGCUUCUCAGUACAAGUCAGCUCAGAUUGUCUUAGAAGACCUUGCCCAGCAUGUCACAACAGAAGAAGCAACUGGAUUCAACCCAAGUGGCAUCUCGAAUAUACCUGAAGAUGUGAAUGGCGAUGAGAGUACAGCUGAGACGAGCAGCCAACAGGCCUCUCGUGCUCACGACACAGAUACCACAUCCGCCAGCGAUCAAACUGCAUCGACAGCAAACACAACUUACUCCAUACCCAGACUUACUUCAUUUGAUGAUGAUAGCGAGGAGAAUAAAGCCCUUCUCCUCCAAAGCAUGUUUAGUGAGCUCAAGGAAUUUGACAUCAAACACUCACUGAAAAAGGCAAAUGGUGAUGUACAAACUGCGCUCGAUGACCUACUCAACAUCCAGUAUCUUAAAUCAACAGGGCAAGAGCAGAAGGGCAUUGACGGCUUCUUUGAGCCUGACGAAGCCGCCGGGAAGAAGAAGAAAAGGAACAAGAAGAAGGGCAAAAAGGCUUUCGGAAGCGAAACACCAUCACCCAGCAGUGGGAAUGCCUCUCCAUCCCCCGAUGAUCUAAAAGAGUUGAAGCGCCAGGACGAGAUCGCAUAUCUAGCAGACAGGCUGGACUUACCCUUUGGAGUAGUCUCCGAUAUCUACCACAACAAACGCUGUGCGAGUGGUGCCGCUGCAGUUGAGAUCUUGCAUCGAUACAUGUCGCAGGGCAUCGAAACCCAGGAUAAGGAGGCAAAGAAAUAUGCACAGGAACUCGCCCAAAAAUACCAGAAUGUCCCAGAGAAGUUUAUGUCGACAAUCGUUCAGGUUACGGGCUCCACAUCGCAAGAAUCAGACGACAUUGCGGCGCUUGUUAGCAAACAUUUCGUCAAGAAUCCCUGGACACAGAAGCUUGAGGUCAGUUAUCAACUGACGCCACUACCUGUAGAGGAUAUCGAAGGAUUCGAGACCGUCACACGAGGAAAAUCUAAGCUAGCCCGGCCGGCAUCAGGAAGCACGAGCUUUCCCGUCGGCUCGUUAGCGUACGCGCAAGCUGCUGAGAGAGCCAGCCAAUACAAUCGAGCCAAACGUGAAGCAGCCGCUUCGGCAGCAUCCUUAAAUCGACGCGGUGCCUCUAAUCCACUCUAUCGACAGGCAGCAGGUUAUUAUUCUGAAAGGGCACGAGAGCAGGCUCGAUAUGAAAUGCAUGCUACGUCAACGGCGGCAAAUCUACUCGUUGAUAAGCAAAGCACAUCAACUUCGAUUGACUUACACGGCGUUAACGUGCAGUCUGGCGUGAGCAUUGCUCGCGAGAGAGUCCAGUCCUGGUGGGCUGGCCUGGGAGAGUUUCGGUCUGAUAAGGCUCGACAGCAGCCGUUUACUGUCAUAACUGGACUCGGCCGCCAUAGUGCUGGCGGUGUGUCACAGCUGAGACAAGCCGUAGCUGGAGCUCUCCUCCAAGACGGGUGGAAGAUGCAGAUUGAGACUGGACGCUUUCUCAUCAAGGGUAGGCGAUAA